AUGGAGCUGGCCGCAGCAAUGGCAGGGCCCGGAUAUCUGAUCCUUGCGGUAACCUCGGCGAGCAAAUCACCAAUUUGGAUCUGCGCAGGCUACAAGAGUUCCCUGCUUUCGACGGAAGCAGGUUUCGCGCGGUGCUUGACCAGGAGAUGGGAUUUUGACUUCAUCCCAUUGAUCACGCACCUUCCCUUGGCCAGGACCAUCAUGCCCACUGUGACAUUAACCACCCCAUCAUCGUCCGAACCUGCCGCUUAUGAAGAGACACAUGUACAUCGAGUCUACGAACAGAUUGCUGGCCAUUUCUCGUCCACGCGAUACAAGCCGUGGCCUGUGAUUGCAGCAUUUCUCGAAUCGCUCACUCCUGGCUCUCUUGGGCUAGAUGCAGGGACUGGAAAUGGAAAAUAUCUGCCUCUCGGCCCACGCGUGUUUACUAUCGGACUGGACCGCAGUCGGAAUCUGUUGCAGAUUGCCAGGACGGCUGGCGGAGAGCAAGUCGUACGGGAAGUCGUUCAAGCAGACGUGAUGGACAAUGUGUGGAGGGAUGGUCUUUUCGUACGCUUUCAUGUGUCACAUGUCGCUACAAAAUAUAAUCUAGUCCAGGAUUAUGCCAUUUCGAUCGCGACUAUACACCAUCUCGCCAGUGCCGAAAGGCGAUCGCAAUCGGUUCAAAGAUUGCUCAGGGCUGUUUCCGAAAACAAUGGACGUGUUCUCAUAUACGUCUGGGCCACCAAACAAGACGAACUUUCCAAGCGCACGAUACCGCGCGAUGAACAAGACGUGUUCGUACCUUGGAGUCUGGCAUCGUCGAACGGAGCGGGACCCCAAGUUCUCAAUCGCUACUACCACAUGUUCGCCCCUGGAGAGCUGCGUGAUCUCGUGGAACAGGCUGCUGGUGCACUUGGGUUGGUCGUGGGUUCCCCCGGGAGCCACAGAUCGAAAGGCUUAGAGAUCGUGCAAGAUGGAUGGGAACGCAGCAACUAUUUUGUAGAAGCCCGAAGAUGGCAAAUUGUAUGA